GUGGUUUAUAAAGUGAAUUGCCGUUAGCAGGAAAAAGCGCCUCUCUCUCACACACACACUCACACACACUCUCACACACACACCACAGCGCUGAAACACACUCUGUGCUGCUGAAAAGGAGACGAGAGGAAAACGGCAGAAGAGAGAAAAAAAAAGCAGAAAAAGGGAGAAAAUCGAAAGUUUGCGUGUGAAACCGUAGGAGAGAAACUCGGCCGCUUCACCGCUGGAUGGGAGAAGUUUUAGGAGCGGAUUGGUGACGUCACGUUGUGUUAAAGAAAGAUUUUAUCAUUAAAUAAAAAGGAAAGAAAGGAAGAGGACCAAACAUGCCGAAAACCAUCAGUGUUCGUGUGACUACGAUGGACGCAGAGCUGGAGUUCGCCAUCCUGCCCAACACCACCGGCAAACAGCUCUUCGACCAGGUGGUAAAGACCAUUGGCUUGAGGGAGGUGUGGUUUUUUGGACUGCAGUACCAGGACACCAAGGGCUUCCCAACCUGGCUCAAACUCAACAAGAAGGUGACGGCACAGGAUGUGCGUAAGGAGAGCCCACUGUUGUUUAAGUUUCGCGCAAAGUUUUACCCAGAGGACGUCUCUGAGGAGCUCAUUCAGGAGGCCACGCAGAGACUCUUUUUCCUGCAGGUAAAGGAGGGAAUUUUGAACGAUGAUAUCUACUGCCCCCCUGAGACCGCCGUGUUACUUGCCUCGUACGCCGUUCAGGCCAAAUAUACUGACUACAACAAAGACGUACACACACCCGGAUACCUGUCCAAUGACAAGCUCCUCCCCCAGAGAGUGUUGGAGCAGCACAAACUGAAUAAGGAGCAGUGGGAGGAGCGAAUUCAGGUGUGGCAUGAGGAGCACAAGGGCAUGCUCAGGGAGGACUCCAUGAUGGAGUACCUGAAGAUCGCUCAAGAUCUGGAGAUGUAUGGUGUGAACUACUUCAGCAUUAAGAAUAAGAAAGGCACGGAGUUGUGGCUGGGUGUGGACGCACUCGGACUCAACAUCUACGAACAAAACGACAAGAUGACACCGAAGAUCGGUUUCCCAUGGAGUGAGAUCCGAAACAUCUCCUUCAACGACAAGAAGUUUGUCAUCAAACCCAUCGACAAGAAAGCGCCGGACUUUGUGUUCUAUGCCCCUCGUCUGCGCAUUAAUAAGCGUAUCCUUGCCCUGUGUAUGGGGAACCACGAGCUGUACAUGCGGCGCAGGAAACCCGACACCAUCGAGGUGCAGCAGAUGAAAGCUCAGGCUAAAGAGGAGAAAAACCACAAGAAGAUGGAGAGAGCAAUGCUGGAAAAUGAGAAGAAGAAGAGAGAGCAGGCGGAGAAGGAGAAGGAGAAGAUCGAGAAGGAGAAGGAGGAGCUGAUGGAGAGACUGAGACAGAUCGAAGAGCAGACCAAGAAAGCUCAACAAGAGCUGGAGGAGCAGACCCGCAGAGCAUUGGAGCUUGAGCAGGAGAGGAAGAGAGCACAUGAGGAGGCGGAACGUCUGGAGAAAGAGAAACAGCUCGCGGAGGAGGCAAAAUUUACUCUGCUGCAGCAGGCUGAGAACCAGAUAAAGAACCAGGAACACCUGGCUACCGAGCUGGCAGACCUUACCUCUAAGAUCUCUCUGCUAGAGGAUGCUAAGAAGAAGAAGGAGGAAGAAGCCACAAUGUGGCAGCAGAAGGCCACCAUGGUUCAGGAGGACCUGGAGAAGACGAAAGAGGAGCUGAAGAACACGGUGGUUUCGCCUCACGUGCAGGAACCCGUUCACGGAGAGAGCGAUCAUGACGAGAGCGACGAGAGCAGCGCAGAGGCCAGCGCCGAACUCACUAACGGUGCUGCGUACAAGGACCGCAGUGAGGAGGAGCGCAUGACCGAGGCCGAGAAAAACGAAAGAGUGCAGAAACACCUGCAGGUAAGAAGUUCACACUGUGAGUGUGAUGGGGACGAUUCCACAAACCUUCAGUCGUAAACACUUUUGGUUCUGGUUUCUCU